UUCUUCGCGUUUACAGCUACUAUGAUGAGGAACUACUAAAAACGACGGCAGAGCAUUUUCUCCGGCGAACGAUCUGAAUUUCUACAACACUGCUCUCCGGUGGUAAUUGCGAUUGAUCGGGAUAUUUUUCCAUGGAGAAAUCGUCGUCGAACUUGAGCCCACUCGCAGAGGAAAGCUCGGAAAAUGAGCAGCGAAUUCCCAAGGCACAAGACGAUGAUUCCGCAAAGCCGCCGCCACCGGUCUCUGCCUUCGACUCCGUUCCCGAUCGCCCUGCUUCUCAGAGUUCCUUACAUAAAUUCUCUCCGAUAGAUGGGAAAGAGUUCUUCGACCUAGAGGAAGAUAUUCACAUUCCUGAUUCAGACGAUGUAUUUCAUGUGUAUAUGGCAGGAUCUGAAGGACCAGUUGUUUUCUGUCUUCAUGGAGGUGGUUAUUCUGGGCUUUCUUUUGCCCUAUCAGCUGCUCAAAUUAAAGAGAAAGCUCGGGUGGUUGCUAUGGACAUGAGAGGACAUGGCAAGACAUUCACAGAGAAUGAUCUUGAUCUAUCCAUUGAGACAAUGUGCAAUGACGUUAUUGCUGUCCUGACUGCAAUGUAUGGAAGUUCUCCUCCAGCAAUUAUACUCGUUGGCCACAGCAUGGGUGGUUCUGUUGCUGUCCAUGUUGCUGCAAAGAAGGCGAUUCCUAGCUUGGCUGGCCUGGUUGUGGUUGACGUUGUAGAGGGAACUGCAAUGGCUUCACUAAUGCACAUGCAGAAGAUCCUAUCAAGCAGGAUUCAGCAUUUUCAAAGCAUAGAAAAAGCAAUAGAAUGGAGUGUCAAAGGAGGUUCCUUACGGAAUAUUGACUCUGCUCGAGUAUCUGUUCCUACAACAUUGAAGUAUGAUGAUGCCAGGAAAUGCUAUGUUUAUCGAGCACGGCUGGAGGAAACUGAACAAUACUGGAGAGGAUGGUAUGAAGGCCUCUCUGAAAAGUUCUUGUCAUCCCCGGUUCCAAAGCUCUUGCUUUUGGCUGGAACAGACAGAUUAGACAGGGCUCUCACAAUAGGCCAAAUGCAAGGGAAGUUCCAAAUGGUGGUUGUCAGACACACUGGCCAUGCUAUUCAGGAGGAUGUUCCGGAUGAGUUCUCGACGUUGAUUGCUAAUUUCAUAUCUCGCAACCGCAUAGGCCCUAACGGAGUCGAGAUACCGGUGCUUCGUCGGCCGAGCACUCAGUCGCAAAAGUAGUCUGCCCUUAUUGUGGUGGUUGAUGUCUUCUUUGCUGACUAUGCCGUUUCCAUUUGUUCUCGUAAUUGACAUUGGAUAACUUAACAAUUAACAUGUUUGCAUGGAUGUCUGUAAGGAAGGCUCGAGUAAAUAUGACUGUAAAACAGAAUGUAUUUCGAGGAAGAAACUCUUCGGUUCUGUUCGGAUUAGGCCUCUCUGCCUUUCAGUCUGCGCUUUACAUUGGCCUGGCUCAUGAGUGAACUAUCUAGUAUUAAACCAUAUGUAAUGAGGGCAACGUAUAACAAAGCAAGAAGCUAGCGUAGCUUCACAGCCAAGCUAUGUUUAUUUGAGAAGAGAAGUGGGGAGGUAACGGCCAUACUUCUCUCUCUCUCUCUCUCUCUC